AGCUGGUCCCGUUGUGCUGCGGCUCCGCGCGGCCUGCAGUCCCGGGCCCGCGCCCCGCGCCGCCCGCAAUGGAGCCCGGCCCCGACGGCCCCGCCGCCAUCCGCGAGGGCUGGUUCCGCGAGACGUGCAGCCUGUGGCCUGGCCAGGCCCUGUCGCUCCAGGUGGAGCAGCUGCUCCACCACCGGCGCUCGCGGUACCAGGAUAUCCUUGUCUUCCGCAGUAAGACCUACGGUAACGUGCUCGUGCUGGAUGGCGUCAUCCAGUGCACGGAGAGGGACGAGUUCUCCUACCAAGAGAUGAUAGCCAACCUGCCUCUCUGCAGCCAUCCCAACCCCCGAAAGGUGCUGAUCAUCGGAGGCGGAGAUGGUGGCGUCCUGCGGGAGGUGGUGAAGCACCCCUCCGUAGAGUCUGUGGUCCAGUGCGAGAUCGACGAGGAUGUCAUCCAGGUCUCCAAGAAGUUCCUGCCGAGCAUGGCUGUUGGCUACUCCAGCUCAAAGCUGACCCUGCAUGUGGGCGACGGUUUUGAGUUCAUGAAACAGAACCAAGAUGCCUUCGAUGUGAUCAUCACCGAUUCCUCGGACCCCAUGGGCCCCGCGGAGAGCCUCUUCAAGGAAUCCUACUACCAGCUCAUGAAGACGGCGCUCAAGGAGGACGGCAUCCUCUGCUGCCAGGGCGAGUGCCAGUGGCUGCACCUGGACCUCAUCAAGGAGAUGCGGCAGUUCUGCAAGUCCCUCUUCCCGGUGGUGGCCUACGCCUACUGCUCCAUCCCCACCUACCCCAGCGGCCAAAUCGGAUUCAUGCUCUGCAGCAAAAACCCGAGCACCAACUUCCGGGAGCCGGCGCGGCCGCUGUCGCCGGCGCAGGUGGAGCACAUGGCGCUGCGCUACUACAACGCGGACGUGCACCGCGCCGCCUUCGUGCUGCCCGAGUUCGCCCGCAAGGCCCUGAACGACGUGCGCUGACCGGAGCCGCUGCAGUGCCGCCCAGGACCGCGGGCUGGACGGGGCGUCUCCAGCGUGCCCAGGCCGCAGCGCGGACCCGACCCCCGCCAGCUCUCGCCCACCGACCAAGUGUUACAGGCCCCGGAAUGCUGCCCGGCCUGCCCUGCUGGGCACUCUGUCUGUCUGUCUCUCUGGCGUUCCGCCCAAGCCCAGACCAGCUCUGUACAGACGCGCCUCGGCCCUCUCGCCCCUCAGCAAACACGCGUAUUUAUAACAAAGUUUGCCAUUGUGUCCCCGACCGCCGCCAGCCCCGCAGGAGCCCCGUCUGUGGUUGUGGGUGCUCCCGUGAGUGAGGGUCUGCAUGCCCCGUCCCCACUGUGACAUUGGCCUGCCCCUUGACUUCCGCCCAGUGACACUACAGUCACCAAACCAGCCCCAAAUCUGUCCCAGGAAGCUGAUGAGCCAUUGGAACCCUUAUUAGCAAGGUCCCAGGCUCAUACCCCUGGGCCAGGGCCUUGGGACUGACAGGGUCGGGGGUGCUGCUAAAAGGGCUUCAGUCUGUCCUGGGGCUGCCCCCAGUAUCCCAGGAUUUCCACCUCACAAGAUGAAAAGUGUCACCCCUGCACCAGGUGGGCACUGGGUGUGACCCAGAGGGGGCUGGUUGGAUUAGGGUAAGAGCUCAGUUACUUGGGGCCUGUUAAGCACAUUGGGAACUUGGCCAGGUUCUGGCUCAAGCCUGGGUCAAACACUGCCUCCCCACCCCCAACCUUCAGUUCCUUCUGGAACAUUCCUUUCAGCUACCCCCAGGGGUUCAGGCUGAAUGCAGGGGUGGUAGUGCGCUGGGCUGUUACCUCUCCAAGGUGCUGAACCUCUGGCCCUCGGUGUCCCGGGAGCCUCGUCCUCCUGCUGUCCAGGACGGGCUUACUGGGUACCAAAGCCACCAGGAGGGACUUGGGUCCAGGUGCAGAUUUGGGAAGAGAGGGCCCGGCCCCACCCGGCUCUGGAGACUGGCCUGAGAAAGCCUGGUCAGGGAUGGGUCUGGAGGAGGGGCUGACAAGGACGCUGGGACUAGGGAGUAGCCCUGGCUGGGGGGUGGCACUGGAAUUCCUCUCCUUCCUGAGCCUCCACCUUAGGGCCCUGAGUUGACAAGAGGGUUUGGGGACAUCUGGAAUGAUGGGGGGUGGGGAGCCAGGGCCCAGCUUCACCGGGACUCUGGCCUCAGGCCAGCUACUGCCUGUCUCUGGGCACCGCCCACCCUGCUCUCCUCCCACCCCCAUAGGCCCACUAGUCUCUGAGCAUGUUCUGACCUUUGCCCCCACAGCAAGUCUGACCUCAGUCUAACCUUUCCCCUUUACCCCCUUAUCCCAGGCAGUCCUAGAAGCCAGGCUAGGGGACUGGGGUCUUCCCUGGUGUCUCCCAACUCUCAGGGAGGCCCCAGUGAGGCCAGGGCGCAGCCUGGUGGUCAGGGAGGCUGUCACUUGCUUCCUGUAAGGUCCAGCAGGGCCAGGCUCCAGCCUGGGGACCAGGCAUCUUACUGAUCACAGUCCUGAGGAUGGAGCUAUCCCCUCCCCACCCUGAAGGUGAGGCAGGUGAUGUGCCCAAGGUGAUGGGGGUCCCAAGCAGGCAGCCACCCUUUUAAGAACCAUCCCACCCCUGCAGGUCGGGGCUCCUGGCAGGGGGCCUGCUCAGACCCCUCCCCACUUCCCGCCAGCCCUAUCUCAAGGGUGGCCCGGGCAGGGGUCACUGCUGGGGAAAGGGGGGGGGCAACCUUAGGCCCUGGAGUUCUGGGGGUCUCAAUGAAAAGGACCAGGGGGUUGCAACUCAGUGUAGAGCGCCCCCUGGGCUCGUCCUCAAUCCCUGUGUCAGGACACCUGUCGGCAGGGGAGAGGAGCUUGGGCAGAAACGGCCCUGCCUGGUGUGGACAGCCAGGGCACAGCCUCCCCUGCAGGGUGGAGGGACCCGACCUCUCCCACCCACCACAGAGGGGCAUCUUCAAGGUCCCGCCCUGGGAUGGGCAGGGGACUGAUAUGCUGGAGCAGCAGCAGCCUUGGUGAGGAUGGGACCCGAGUCCCCCCCAAGGUCCCAGCAGUCUUGAGGGCUGCAAAACAGCCCAGUUUGUGACAAGGGAAAUAAACUCAAUCCUACCUGAUUUUUAUUUUUGGUACCAGGAAUUGAGCCCAGGAGCUUAACCACGGAGCCACAUCCCCAGCCCUUUUUGAUAUUUUAUUUUGAGACAAGGUCUGGCUGAGUUGCUUAGAGUCUCGCUUUUGCUGAGGCUGGCUUUGAACUCAUAGCCCUCCUGCCUCAGCCUCCUGAAGCGCUGGGAUCACAGGUGUGCGCGCCACUGCACUCAGCAAAAUUUCUUCAAUGAGCUGCAUCCCUGGUUGAAGGGUUCAGAUCAUUCUCUGGCCUGGCCGUCCACACCGGCCACAACGUCCUUCUUGCUGGAAGCAGUCCCUUAUUCUCUUUGAGCUGAUUAUUUUGGAAUUUAUCUUCUGUGAUAUAAAAUGAAAUAUAUUUGG